AUGGUGCGCGCCCCGCUCCCCCUUCCCGGCCCAGGGCUCGAGCCACACGGUGCUGUAGGCGAUGUCGUGGGCUGCUCUCGUGCUGGCUUCGUGCUGCAGCGGGGGCGGAGCGAAGACAGCACCGAGGGCACACGAGGGGACGAAGCGGGGGCGCAGCACGACGCGGUCGUGGUCCAGCCGUGUCCCGGGACCCCUCCCUUGGGGCGCACCCGCCGCGAUGGAGCCAGUCCUGGUCCCGUGCCGCCCCCCGUCCGUCGGCCAGGGUCGUGCCUGUGCCGGAGCCUGAAGACCGUCUGGGGCUACGACUUCAUGCAGCGGGAGCGUCAGAGCCCGUUCCGCCUGGCAGCGUGGACGGCCAUCUGGUGCUUCGUCAUCAUGGUCCCCGUGACGCUCAUCAAGGAGGGCCAGCAGGAGCCAAUUGCUGCCUUCUGGGGCGUCGGCUUCUGGACCAAGAUUGUCUUCCUCAUGGGCGGGUUCCUGUCAGCAGGCCUGAACAUACUCAUGUGCUACGUCCUGAAGUUCCUGGGGCCGCUGCCCCAGAACAUCUACGGCCAGCUCGAGCUGGUGCUCGUGCUCACCCUCUCGGUGUCCUGGUACCAGGAGCUCAUGGGCGUCGUCCAGUGGAUCGGCGUCGGCCUGAUCGGCCUCGGCUGCGUGCUCAUCCGGCCGGGCGCCUCCGCGCUCAAGGGGCUCGGCCAUGACCCGGGCGCCCGGGCCAACGGAGCCCAGUCGCAGUUCGAGUUUGCGGGGCAGCGAUCGUAG